CAACUUUUUUCUUCCUUAGUUCUUGCAACCUCCCUCAAUCAAAUUGUUCAUCCUCUAUCAUAGUUCUGGCCCCGUGGUGUCAAAUGUUCUUCUUAAGCCUCUAGAUUAUCUUUUUCCUUUAUCUGUUCCCGCCCACUCACUCUUUCAUCGUUAAAAAAUUUUUGAUCCAUCGACGCACAUUUCGGUGUACAGGAUUCAUGUUCACACAAGCUUGAUUCCUUGAAGGGAAAUGUGCAAGAACAAACACUACUACCAGAUGUCAUUAAUGCUGGCGCGAUAUGAUAAUUCUAGCAGCGCGUCAGCUUUUGGCACUGGCACAUACCCUCCUGUCCAACUUUGUGUCUCCCGACUCAUGUUAUCUCUUCUCUUCUUUUUUGUUUUUUGAUUUGCAUCUCAAUGCAUAUGCAAUCCAGGGCGCAAGCCACUUCUACGUUCUCGCACAACCUGCAAAAAGUGAUGCGCACUGCAGCAGCAAAAGCGGUCGACGUACACCCUGCAUCGCAAGCGAUGCAUGUGUACUAUCUAAGCGCCCGGUAGUGCGUCGUACUCAGGUGCAAGGUCAACCCGGAGGGAGGGUUACUUUUAACGCAAUUCAAAGCGAGAGAUAUCACUGGCGCUUACCUCUAAUCACUGUGGGGACAUCUCGGCUUGGUUUUUCAUACGCUGCGCGUUUUCUUUUUAGGGGAGACUUUGCGUCCCAUCCGCUGCAAUCAAUCGCUUCAGCGCUAGCACUUGACCAUCUCGCCGCAGCAUGCACCGUCAUAUCGGGGUAUUAAAAAAAAUUGGCACUUAUAGAUAUAAUUUAGGCGCGAACGCCAUAGCAGGUGUGAAUCAACAACAAGUACGUUUCUCUUAUCGUAGUUGGUAGUUGCUCUUAAUUCGCGC